GAUAAGCCAAUAGGCCUAAGGGAAGUCACUCUAGCUGUCGACAAGUUUGUUUUGGUUUGACGUGACGACGUAAAAAUGCUGCUGCACUGAAUACUUGUUGUGAUCCUAUUCCAGUUUCAAAUUAAAUGGAGUGGAGAAAGCUGAUGUGCCAAAAGUUUGGGAGGAGGGCCAGCAAAAAGUGGUGUGCGGCAGCAAAGAACAUCUUGCUGGUUGAUAAGGGAAUCAAACAGACACUGUUGUUUGACCACUGGGCAGUCAGUGCCCAGGAGAUGGAGGACUUCCUGUUGACCUCUCAUGAUGCACGACUCACAGAGAACAGAAUCUUGACCUUGACUGUUGGUUUGGACAUAUUUUUGUUUCGCUGCGGUGGUGGGGAUGGAGCUCUCGUGUCGUGGAGUUUUCUCUGUGACGAUGGCACGAGGCGGCCGCAAACGUUCAUCGAUGUGUCGAAAAGACUGGAACUUCCUGUCAUUUUGAAUGAGGAUGAUGAUCGGAUUUCUGAAACUAAACGAGUGUUUGAGGAUUGUGUUCGCCAAAUGACUGUUGUGGAGGGGGAAAGACAGGUGGUUCACCGGAGUGUGGACAUCAGCGAAACGUUAAACGUUCCCUGUCUCUUUGGCCUGCUGCUGGGAUACCCGAGUGUCUACUGGUACGACGUCAGCGAGAGCGCUGAGCAUUGCCUCAGUUCUCUGCCCUUGCAUUUAUUCUGUGUGGAAGGAGUUCUUCAGGACGGGGUCUGUGAUGUAAAUUUUUCCUCUGUUGGACAAGGUAAAGUUAAAGACUCGGACUCUGAGAAAAAUCGCAAUUGCGCACAAUUACCUGUCUCGACUUGUUCUGGCAACAAUGGAAAGGCUAAAAAUUAUGUCACAGAGUUAUCGACUACAGUAUCCAAAGUAAAGGACUCUUCAGAUAUCCACACCAUUUUGUCUUUCACUGUGCCAGAAAAUGUGGUGCAUUUACUCGGCUCGUCCCUUCACGAGUGGUUUGCAGAGUGGAAGAGUUGUGUUCCCUGGUCUAGAAUCUUCUCCGAUGUUCGUCUAAGCGAACAGAAGACUGAGCCCCAAGCUGUGUGCUUGUGACCAGCUCCGGCAUUGGUCAAUUAUAAAUAGUGUAGUUACUUUUCUUAAGGCUGACGUGAUCUAGUGUGGUAAGAAGUAAGAUGCACUGGUUCCUGUUGAUGCUCUUGAAUAAAACAUAAACUGUUUAACAUGCUCUUUAAGUUACAUAUGUACUGUUUUUUUUUUUUAUGUCGGUGCUUUAAUUUAAGCCCCCAUGGACUCAAUUUAGAUCUUUUAGGAGGAGGGCUUUGACCCUGCAUGUCAGGGCCAACCAAUGCUGACAGAGCAGAGAUAUUAAACAUCCCAGGAAGAAAGACUGAGAUGUAUAUCUGAUAAAAGUUCUCCCCUCGUAGAAAUCGAAAUUGGGUGUCCUGUGCUCGACAGCGAAGCGCCCAACUGCUAGGUCUACACCACAGACACUGGUAUAUUAUCGUACUUGAGGUCUUCAUGAAUAUAUAUAAAUGUUUGUAUGGGUAAAUAGAAGUACACUGAUACUGAUACCAAGUAACGGACAUUUCCUGCAGGGAUAAAUUGAGGCCUACAGACAGAAAUAGACAGAGAGGAAGAUAGAGGUGAGUUUGUUGUGUCAAUGAGCCUCUCCUUACGCUUUACUCAAACAAACGAAUGUCCCCAAGACUGGAUGUGUAGCUUAAAUUGUCGUUUUGUCCUAAUUUUUAUAGUCUGUCUACUCUAAAGGUAUCAUGUGACGCAAUAACUAUAUUUUAUGAAGUCAAAAGUUAGAACAGUUCUCAGAAGCCUCAGUUAUAAAAUAUUUUGUAAGCGCACAGAGCUUGCUGUGUAGAGCGUGGAAUAUGUGCUAUAUUAUAACAAAUCUUUCCUACACCUAAGGCAUACAAAGAAUCGCAACAUUUCCCCAAUAAAUUUCGGAAAAAACUC